AUGGGCUUCUCCUCGACUCUUGCUCUCCUUGCGCUCGUCGCCGCGAGUCAAGCGCACACGAUCUUCCAGGAAGUGUACGUGAAUGGCGUCGACCAAGGCCACAUCAAUGGUAUCCGAGUGCCAGAUUAUGAUGGUCCCAUCACCGACGUCACGUCCAACGACGUAAUCUGCAAUGGGGGGAUCAAUCCCUACCACCAGCCUAUGUCUACGGUAAUCAUCGCCGCGAAGGCCGGGGACACCAUCACUUCUGAGUGGCACCACAGUAUAGCUGGCGCAGACCCCUCGGACCCAGCUGACCCCAUCGACUCAAGCCACAAAGGCCCUGUCAUUGCCUACCUAGCAAAGGUGCCGGACGCUCUUCAAUCCGAUGUGACGGGUUUGGCCUGGUUCAAGAUCUGGGAGGACGGCAUGUCCAGCGACGGGACGUGGGGUGUCGAUCGUCUCAUCGCAGCCAAAGGAAAAGUUUCGUUCCCUAUUCCGUCCUGCAUCGAGGCGGGGCAGUAUCUUCUGCGCGUAGAGAUCAUCGCGCUCCAUGGGGCGUCCACCUACCCUGGAGCUCAACUCUAUAUGGAAUGCGCACAAAUGUCAAUCAGUGGUGGCGGGAGCACGAAGCCGAGCACAGUCAGCUUCCCAGGCGCAUACAAGGGCACCGACCCUGGAAUCACCGUCAACAUCUAUUACCCUCCGCUUACCAACUACACCAUUCCGGGACCAAGUGUCUUCACUUGUGGCGGAAGCACUAGCCCGACUACCUCGGCCUCAGUCAAGCCGACUACGACUGCCGCUGCUUCUACGACAUCGUCGAAGCUGGUAGUGACUAGCACAUCCGCGGCCGCUACGGCAAGUCCGAGCUCCGGUAAUACCGCCGCCCAGUAUGCGCAGUGUGGGGGGACUGGCUACACGGGCCCGACAGCUUGUACUUCGCCGUACACCUGCACCAAACUGAAUGACUACUAUAGUCAGUGCCUGUAG